CAGAUUCACAUCACGUGUAAAUGCUUAUGUGUUGUAAAAUGUGACUAUGUGUGUGAAUUUUUGAAAGGUUAAACUUUACAAGCCAAAAAUAUUCAUCAAUAAUUUACAGGAAAACCACACUGGUAACUGAAGCGUAAGUGAAAAAAGUUUAAUUGAACAAAAUUUUAUACAUCCCACGUAAAAUCUGAUUCACAUGAAAACUAUGAAUAUACUAUCAAUACUAUAGCAGUGUUUGGAGAGUUGUGUUUAUGAUCGUCUUUGUUACUCAUUGUUCUCUUUUCUCUUGGUUUCCUGAAUGUUCUGUUUUUUAGACUUUAUGAAGGUUGCAAAAUAUUUUUUAUCUUUUAUAAUUCGCAAUUGUUUCCUUUUAAGUGUGUUUGUCCCUCAUGUGUCCUCAGAGAAUCAUUGGACAACAUUAAGAUCAUUAACUAAUGAAAGGUCUGUUAUGGGCCGCUUUCAGGCAGGUCUGGACUCGUCUGUUUUCUGUUGUUUCAUUAAUGAGCUUCAUCAUCAUGUCCUGUGAGCCUGACAAACACCUCAUGAGAUCAUAAUUCUUUAUUCUUGUCUUCAUCUUUAACACCGUUCAAUAUGCAACAUGUCUGAAAUAUUAUCAAUGCAUUUUAUAAAUGCUCACACCUUGAAACCCGUGAUCACAUUUUACCAAAGUCAGAAGAAACCAGAUUGUGCUGUGGGUGAUUGAGAUGAAGGUUCAUGUGACAGAAUCGCUGGACUGGAGAUGAAUGAGAUAAGAAACUCACUGAACAUUAACAUCCCAACGGCUUUACAAGAUUAUAAGACCUGAUGAUCCUUCUGAGGUCCACUGAACCACUCCGAGAAGAAUCUUUGGGGCUUUCUGUCGUGUUUGUGACAUAAUUUUUUGACCAUCAGAGGAACAGGAUAGAUUUGAGAUGAACUCAGACACCUUGACGCGUGGGAUGCUGUUCCUGUCGCUCACGGCGAUGGGCGUUCUGGGCAACGGCGUGGUCAUCUGCACUUUCCUCUCGGCGAUGUAUCGUGAGGGUCGUCUCUUACCCGCCGACGCCAUCGUGAUGCACCUGGCGUCCACCAACCUCAUGGUGGUGGGCGUGCGCUGCCUGCUGGAGGUUCUCGCUACGUUCGACAUCUACAACGCGUUUAACGACGUUGGCUGCAAAGCCGUGAUCUUCAUCUAUCGCACUUCCAGAUCUUUGUCCAUCUGGUUGACGUUCGUGCUGAGCGCCUACCAGUGCCUGAGUGUUGCUCCGCCCGGCUCCUGCUGGGCCGACACCCGGCUUCUGGUGGGCCAAUACCUGGGUUCCAUUUUCCUGGCGUUGUGGGUGAUCAACACCUCCAUGAGCAUCGCUCCCCUCCUGUUCGCCGCAGGUGCCAAGAACGACUCCAAACUCAUACAGAACGGAAUCAAUGUGGAGUUUUGUUUCCUGAGCUUCCCGUCCAAGAUCUCUCGAGACGCCAACGGCGGCGUGCAGGUCGGGAGAGACGUGGUGCCCAUAGUGUUAAUGGUUUCAGCCAGCCUCAUCAUUCUGGCCUUCUUGUAUCGACACAGGCGGCAGAUGAAGGGUUUACGGAGCGGUGGGCCAAUCACAGGUGGCAGACAGGGCCCGUCUGCAGAACGCCGGGCAGCAGUCACUGUGGUCACCUUGGUAAUGCUGUAUGUGUUGUUUUAUGGGGUGGAUAAUGGGCUGUGGGUGUACACGCUGACAGUUCAGCAGACUCUGAGUUCAUCGCUGAUCUCAGAUCUGAGGAUUUUCUUUUCGUCUCUGUACGCCGCCGUCAGUCCCGUCAUCAUCAUCGCCUCCAACAAGAAAGUGAACAAACAGCUGAUGUGCAGGAACUGACUCGAGGUGUUUUCUGAGCCACCUCAGCCUGAUACUAAAACACGUGACAUCAGAGACUGACAAACGUGUGUCUUUCAUCAUGAAUUUAUUUUGUAUUAUUAUUGAUAUUGUAACAGUGUCGUCUGCAAACAAAUGCUUUUCUCAGAGCUUAGGUUUCACAUUUCUGAGGGGAUAUCCAGUGGAUGUAUGAAGUUGUAUUUUUCUGAUGUUUACACAUCACCACAUGAGCUACAAAGAUCAUCACUAACCCAUAGUGUCAAAAUCCUGUUCAUACCCCACUCUCAUGAGCCUUCAUUUAUGCACAUCUUCUCCUGAUAAAAACGUUUUCAUUAAUUAGGUUUCAUGUUUGUGUAGGUGUCAGAUAACAUAAACUGAGGACAACAAAAAACAACAGACAUUGACAGAUGUGUUUUUUGUACCGGCAUUUGCGCAGCACUCAUGUUUAUUGCCUAUUGGUGAUGAAUCAGUUGUUGAUUUCCUCAAAUCAUUGAAACAUAAAUGUAAAUAUAUUGUACAAUGAUCCUAAUAUCAGAUUCAUUUGUAUAACUUUUUUCCUGAGAUAGUGCCAGGCCAAGAUGAAGGUUACAUGGCCAUGUAAUUGGUCCUUCUCGCUCUGUGUGGACCUCAAACCGCCGUCGGCCCGGAUGGGAGACAGGCACUUGUUUCUCCAUUUAUUCAUCAUUGGAGUUUGGGUUCCUCACCACAGGGCCGUGUUGGCGUGCUCACUGGGAGACUGCAUUUAUUAGAUGUUAGCUUAAAGCUUGGGUAAAUUCAAAAACAUCACUUCAUUAGAAUGAUCUUGCUUUUUCUUUAAAACACUCUUCUAUGUUUGACCUUUUCUGUGUAUUUCUGUUUUUCUCUUCUCCUGCAAAUCUGCUUUGGAACAAUGCACAGUGUGAAAAGUGGAAAUUAAAAAUUAAAUAAAAUUUAUUUGAACUAUACUUCAUUUGUACAUUCAGACAAUGAAAGUUUGGAAAGUGAUGAUGACAUCAGGCGAGUGGGGACAUCAUCAGACACUGGAGGAGACACAGAAGACUUUUAUCAGACGCUCGAUCCGUGUGUUGUUCUCUUCGCUCCGCUGAAGUCUGAUCUGUUAAAACAGA